AAUAUUUAUAUCUACGAGUGUCAAGUAUGCCAACGUGUGUCUUUUAUUUUGAAAGAGUCUGAAGCGCCAAGCACUUCCGUGUUUUGGACUGGUGUGGCAGAGCAAGUGUGAACACACCUGAGCAAUGUCCAGCAAACAAGUGAAAGCGAACCUGAAAAGUGCCAGAGAGGCCAUAAAAAACAAGGAAUAUAAGGAAGCGUUGAAACAGUGCAAGGCGGUCUUGGAGCUUGAGAAGACCAACUACACAGCAUGGGUGUUCAUUGGUUUGGCAGCCAGUGAGCUUGAACAGCCAGAUCAGGCAAACACGGCUUACAGGAAGGCAGUGGAGCUGGAUCCUGAGCAGCUACUGGCAUGGCAGGGUCUGGCAAAUCUAUACGAGAAAACAGAUCAGUGGGAUUUUAAAGUUGAGCUACCUGAUGUUUAUCAGAAGCUUGCAGAGCUCUACAAAAGUUCAGACAAAAAUAAGUGCUGUGAUGUCAUCAAAAAACUGUCAGAUAUUUAUCAUUCUGAAAAAGAAUACCCCAAGUUUGCAAAAGCUUGGUUGCAACUUAUUGAACUCAAAGAAGAGGAGUCUGUGGACAGAAAAGAGUUACUACAACUAUGGCAGCACUUGAUCAGCCUCCUGUCAGAAUGUCACAAUGAGAUGGAAAAAGAUGGUGAAACUCAAAAACAUUUGCUCACUGCUUUUGAGAAGGCCCUGAGUCUCAUGGAUCCAGUACCAGGAGUUGAACACAGGAAGCUAUCAGCUGACUAUAUUCGAUCUCUUUCCAAACUUUCUCAUCAGGAGGCAAAAAUGAAGGCUGCGUGUGAGAGCAUGCUUUCCCAGUACCCAGACCAAAGCUUUCCUCUGGAAGUCCUCUGCUCUCAUUAUCUUAAAACAGGUAUUCAAAAUGAGGACGACCUUAGUUAUUUUUCACGGCUUCUCGAAGUUGAUCCUCAGAAUGGAUUGGGCCGUUUGGGAAUGGGCACCCAAGCAUUUCAGGAGGGCAGGUACAAAGAUGCAAUCACAGACCUUACUCAAGGUCUGAAAACUGUCAGCUGUGGUCCAGGAUGGUGCAGUUUGGCUGAGGCUCAGCUAAAACUCCACCGGUUCUCUGAUUGUGCUUCCUCUUGUUGUCAAGGUUUGACAUUGUGUGUGUCUGAGGAGGAGAAACUAAGGGUGAAGCUGCUGAAACUACAGUUGGAGGCUUUAGUUCAGAGUGGAGGAGAAAAGGAUGCUGACCAGGCCUUGGAAGCCUUUUCACUGAUACCCGGUGCCGAAAAAGACCCCCUUUUGGUGGUUCUGAAAGGUCGCGCUCUUCUAAAUAAAGGGCAGGUUGAUCAAGCAGUGGCUAUCUCAUCCGAGCUAGUGUCCUCGGAGCCGGUCCUGGCUGCAGGGUGGGUUCUGAAAGCUCAGACACACAUAGCUGAAGGCCAACAACAGCAGGCAGAGGAAAGCUUCAUCAAGGCCAUAGAGCAAAGUCCAGACUGUGGCGAAUACUAUUUCCUCCUGGGGAAGCUGUACUGGAACAUGGGAGAGGAAACACAGAAGGACAGAAGCAAGGCUCACACACAUUUGCUCAAAGCUGCCAAAAUGAAUCCGAAUCUGGGCUGCUCCUUCCGCUACCUUGGACACUAUUAUCGUGAGGUGGCGGGCGACUCUGGGCGGGCACGUGGGUGUUAUAAGAAAGCCUUUGACCUGGACGGUGACGACGCAGAGUCAGGCGCCGCUCUUGUUGACCUCAGUAUGGCGAACGAUGACAUGGAUACGGCGUUAGCUGUUCUGCAGGCCGUGACUGAGAGGGCCACGCCGGGGUCUGCCAAAUGGGCAUGGAUGAGACGAGGGCUUUACAACCUGAAGAUUGGACAGCAUCAACAGGCAAUAGCAGACCUCCAAGGAGCCUUGCGAGCCGAUCCGGAGGACUGGGUGUGCUGGGAGUGUCUGGGGGAAGCCUAUCUGAACCGCAGGAGCUUCACCGCAGCCCUGAAGGCCUUUGGAAAAGCCCAUCAGCUCCAUCCCUCCUCCAUCUACAGCGUCUACCAGGCCGCAGCCAUCAAACAGACCCUGGGCCAGUUUCCAGAGGCCAUUGCAGAGUACCACCAGAUCAUAGCGCAGCGUGAUUAUAUCCCUGCUUUAAAAGGUCUUGGGGAAUGUCAGCUCUCUGUGGCUAAAUCUUUGCUGGAGGACUGCAGGGAUAAGAAGGCGCUUGAUCUGAUUGAGCAGGCUGUAGAAAACCUCUUCAAAGCGGCUCAACUGCGGCCAGAUUUGUCUUGUCUGUGGAAGCUUUUGGGGGAUGCAUGCUUUGCUGCAGGGACAGUCUCCCCAGGCAGGGCCCAGGUGCACGUCCCAGCAGCACUGGCCGGUUCAGGCGCAGACCUGCGCAGCUGUGUGCUGAAUCAGAUGGAAACACUCAAAGUCGGCGAGAGGUGCUACGCCCGUGCCUUGAAGCUGAUGCCUGAUGUUGCCAGUCUUUGGCAAGAUCUUGGGCUUAGCUAUUUCAGGCAGGCUGGCCUCACACCAGAGGGGGAAGAGAACGCCCUUCUACUUGAGAAAGCUCAGCAAUGCAUCAAAAAGGCCAUCAUGUUGGACAGUGGAGAUCACAAUUACUGGAACACUCUGGGGGUCAUUUCCAUGACCAAAGGUCUUGAGAACUUGGCUCUGGCUCAACAUUGUUUCAUCAAGUCAAUUGAUGUCCAACCAAUUAAUGUUGUUGCCUGGACUAACCUGGGAACCUUAUAUCUGAAGAAGGACAAUAUAGAGUUGGCCCAUGAAGCCUUCAAGAUGUCCCAGUCUUUGGAGCCACUGUAUGUCAACUGCUGGAUUGGACAGGCUCUGAUUGCUGAGAGAGUUGGGAGCUACGAGAUCAUGGAUCUCUUCAGGCACAUCACUGAACUCAGCCCUCAUACUGAGGGGGUUAAAGGCUAUGCUUACUGGGUCUGCUCCACCCUGCUGGAUAAAAGCAACCGAGACACAGAGCAGUUCCGCUUCAACAUCGUUCAGAUGAAUGCUGUCACUGUGGCUCAAGUGGCUCUCGGAAAGUACACAGAGCGGAUCCAGACGGACCCGGACGCCUUCUUGAUGCUGGGUUACCUGAAUGAGCAUCUGCAGCUGAAGAGACAGGCUGUGGAGGCGUACCGCAGAGCUGUGGAGCUGCUGCAGGCCUCAGCCCUGACUGAUAAGCAGGUGUUUGCCUUGGGUUGUCACGGCCGCGCUUUAUGUUCUCUGGGAGAGUGGGAGCAGGCCAUCCAGGUGUUCAGCUCUACCCCGCUUCAGGAGCUGAGGGACCUGGCAGGACUGGCUCUGGCCUGCUGUCGGGCUGGACGGCUACCAGACAGCAUCAACGCCUACGAGCGAGCCCUGGCUCUGUCUCCAGACCAGAAGGAGACUGCCUACCUCCUGACGGCCCUGUCGCUGCUCCAGCACCGGCAGGGUCAGCUGGACUCAGCCAAGACUCUGCUUUUCAAAUGCUCAAUGUUGCAGGAGCCAAUCCCAGAGUCCCUCUUGUGCUUGUGCGCCCUCGGCUUGGUUCUCAAAGACGCCACGCUGGCUGCUGCUGCCUUAACUGAGCUGCUCAAACAAGGCUCCACCUCUCAGGACGUUGUGGCGCAGCGGUGUCUCCUGACCUGCAGCUUGCUGGCGCUGCAAGGGAACUACAGCGCGCUGCAGAGAGAAGCGUCCAGGGCCGUGCACAGCAACCCUGGAAACCCGUCUCUUUGGGCUUUGCUGUCCAGGGUGGUGGCGCAGUACCACCCCAGGAAGGCACGCGGUGGAGCAGUGGCUGCUGACGUGGCCUGCCUCUCCAACAUGGGCCAAGCCAAGAGGGCGAUGUUGUUCAAGGGCAUGAACCAGCUGGCGACAGGGACACACUCUGGGGAGGAUGGUCGGAGGGACGCCCUGAAGACCAUGCAGAGAGCCGUGCUGCUCUGUCCUGAUGAUCCAGCUGCAUGGGCGGGGUUGAUGGCUGCCUGUCACAGUGAGAACACUUCCUGCCGUCUCUCUGGCUCGGCUCCUCGGAGACUGGGGCUGGAACAGACUUUACUGUCUGUGGUGUCUGAAAAAUUGGCUGGUUUGGAGGCCGUUGAGCGCCCCCUGGCUCUGAGUCUGGAGGGCUGGGUCCUGCAGCAGGCCGUGACCGGCCUCAUGCUGGCAGGGCAGCUGGAGCAGGCGGAAGCUCUCUGCUCCACGGUGCUGAGUGUUUCUCCAGAACAGCCCUCAGUGAUGCUCCUGCUCAGACAAGUGCAGUGUGAGCGCCUCCUGCAGGACAGUAGCGGAGCAGUUCUGCCAGAGUCGGUCUUCCAGCAGCUCAACAACUCCGUGAUGAUGAACCCCACAAACGUUGGAGGCUGGCAUUGGCUGGCAGAGGUCUAUGCGCGGCAGGGUCUGCAGAUCCAAGCCGUCAUGGCAUACAGACAGAGCUUACAGCUGUCGUCGCAGCUGGGACAGUAUAACAGCCAGAUGUCCAGCCUGCUGCGACUGGCUCUGCUGGCCCUCAAACCCUGCAUGGCCGGUGCUCUGAGUAACGACUGGAGGGACCUGGUACAGGAAGCCACCACGGAGGUGUUGAAGCUGGGAUCUUCCCCGAUGGCUCUCCUCUUCCAGGCUCUGCUUCAGUUUGUCACCAAACCGACCGCUCGGGAAACCAGGCGGCUGUUGGAGAAGCUGGUCUACGUCGACUCUGCAGAUGUCCCUGCUACUGUGGUGCAAGUGGCUCGCUGGUAUCUUCUACGACACCUGCACUCAAAGCAUGACGAUGAGCUGAUGAACGUCCUCUUGGAAAACGCCAGAACAAACGGCGAUCAAAGGUUGCUGCAGUUCCACUCACGGCUCGUCUCUUCUUGAAUGCAGAUCAUGUCGCCUGCUGCUUUGAGUUGAUAUGAAACCGUGUGCUGUUCACAGCAGUCUGCAACAAA